CAACUUAAUUGAAUGUACGUUCUUUUGGUGUUGGCAAGGAAAGUCAUAAACCUGUAUUUGCCUAUUUCCUUUUAUUCACUUAAUAAUGACAUUAUUAAUCUGAAUAUAAAAUACAUAACUGAGUGAUUCAGUAUCACCUGAGUGUAAAUGGAAAAUAAUUAUUGUUAAAGAUGAACUUGGAAUUGUUGAAAAAUAAAUUUCGCGGUACAAUGCUGGGCGUUUUGGUCGGAGAUAUUCUUGGAAGACCAUACGAGAACAGAGAAGUCAUGUCAAGUCGCAAGAAAAUCUACUUACAACGAAAACUCGAUAUGUUGGAGGAAAUAAAGUUUAGAGAGUCCGUUAUGGAGUUUUCAGAUGAUUCGGCAAUGACUCGUUCUCUAGCUGAAUCCUUAAUUGAGAAACGAGAUUUGGAUAUUGUUGACAUAGCAAAACGAUUUGUAGAAAGUUAUUAUCAAGAUCCUAAACGUGGUUAUGGAAUUGGUUGUAUGAACGUCAGUAAUAUAGUUUUAGCAUUUAUAUAUUUAAUCUAUUUAAGAAAAUGUUUAAUAGCUGUACUUGUUCGUCAAACAAAUAUCAUUUGGCUUGGCUUCCUUACUGUAGAACAUGCAAGAUUACAUAUAUUUGAUAAUAAUAUGGAGUCAAUCCCGCCACAAGUGCUCAAUACUCCAUUGCACUUUCAUGAUUUGUUACAAAUUUAA